GAGUCUCGAAGAACAGAGAGGAGGCAUGGGCAAGAAGCGCAAAUCUCCAAGAAAGCUAGAAGUGGAAGUGGAAGACAAAGGCAAAGACAUAGCGGUGGUCGCCGCAGAUUUCCCCAGCAACACAGUCGACCAUGACCCCUGUUUCAGCCCUCGGUGGUCAAUCUUUAGGGUUCCGGCGCAUAUUCGUCAGGUUGAUGAGAAGGCGUACAACCCUAGGGUCAUCUCGAUCGGCCCGUUCCAUCGGAACCGGCCCACCUUGAGAGCUAUGGAAUCUCAGAAGGCGAGGUUCUACGAGCGCCUUAUCACCCAGACGGGUUUCAAUGGUCUCGAUGAACGCAUCAAGACAGAGAUGAGGAAAUUGGAGCCUGACGCUAGGAGGUGCUACUCGGAGGAGUUCGACGAUAUUAGCGCCGAUGAAUUUGUGGAGAUGAUGGUUCUUGAUGGUUGCUUCGUUGUGGAACUCAUGAGGCUUUACCAUGAGAGCAAUCAGGACGAAGAGGGACAAUUCGUGGAAGAACCAAUAUUUGCAACAAGAUGGAUGCUACCCAACAUCACUAGAGAUCUUCUCAUGCUCGAGAACCAAUUGCCGAUGUUCGUGCUGCAAGAGAUCUACAACCUCACGGCAUUCGACAAGAGCACGACGCCUCUAAACAAGCUUGCCCUCCUUUUCAUGGAGCCUCUGAGGCUGCAGAAGGGACAAUACGCCGACAUAAAGUUGGACGACAAGGGCGAGCAUCACCAUCUCCUCGCGCUAUUCCACUCCAGCUUCAUUCCCUCUGACCAUCACCCUUCGCGAAGCCAACGCGGCGCUCGGUGGAACAGGCAAGAGAAUUUCCCGGGGAGGCUGUGGGUGCACGAGGCAAAGAGGCUAUGGAGAGCCGGCGUCCGGUUCAAGUACAACCCCAGCAAUCUCCUCAACAUAGAGUUCGCGAACCGGGAGCUGAAGAUCCCCACCCUGUUCAUCGACGAGUGCACAGGGCCGCUCCUGAGGAACUUGCUGGCUUAUGAGCAGUGCAACGCGUUCGCGGCGCCGUAUUUCACCUGUUAUGCGAUCUUCCUCACCAGCAUCAUCGAGACCCUGGACGACAUCGAGAUCUUGCAAGAUGCUGGGAUUAUAAUUCAAUCGGUGGACGAAGACGAAGAGGUGGUGGACCUCAUCAAUAGCCUCACCAAGGAGCUCGUGUUUGAUAUGCACGACAUGAGCCAUUGCUUCAUAGCCCAGCAAAUUGAGGACAUCAACAAUUUUUGCAAAUCUUGGCUGAGCAAGUGCAUUUUUCAGCUCUCGCGUUUUGAAAACAUCUUGUCAUCAAUUUUACCAUUCAAAUAGUCGCAACAAAUAGCCAUCUGUCUUCUUCUUGUCA